UAUCCUUACACUAAAAUGGCAACAUCAUCUCUUUAAAAAAAAAUGUUUGAUUUUGUUAGUGCCUGCAUGUAAUCGCAGAGUCAGAAAUAAUUUCAAAUUCUUCCAGAGUAAAAAUCAUCGCAUUUAUAAAAUUGGUUGAAAAAAGUUAUGAUGUUACCAAAAGAUUCAAACAGUUCUUCUAGUUCUUUUUAGUGGUUUAGUUUAGUUCUUCAUUGAUUAACUUAUCUUCACAAGAGUAAACCUACUCACAAGGUUGAUAAUCAAGCCAAAACACAAGAAAACUCAGAUUCAACUCGUUCGUUCGUUGGUGUUGUUAGAUCAUAAAGAUUAUCUCAUCACACAUCACAUCUCAUCAUCUAACGCGAUUGAAUUAUGUCUACUGAUAAAUUCCUUAUUUUGCCAGGUCCAAAGGCAUUGUCUCAAUUCAGAGUUGCUGCUUUGAUUCAAGAAAUUGAAAAGAAAUUGAAUCAAGAUUCUGUCAUUGAAGAAGUUGCUUCCAGCUUUACUCAUUACAUUAGUUUAAGAUCAGAAUUAACUACCAAACAAUUAGAUUUAGUUAAGGUAUUAUUAACUUAUGAUUCUCCAGUUGAUGUUACCAACAAGUUAAGUCAAGAAUUGAUUCAAGUUUCCACCAUCAGUGGUGAUAAAGAUACUUCAUCAAUUGACAAAUUGGAUUCAAAUCUUUUCCUUAUUAGAGUGUUACCAAGACCAGGUACCAUUUCUCCAUGGUCAUCUAAAGCUACUGAUAUUGCUCAAAUUUGUGGAUUAAGUAGUCAAAUUGAAAGAAUUGAACGUGGUUUAACCUUAUUAAUCAAAACCAAACCAGGUUUUUCAUUAUAUGAUCAUAUCUCUCAAGGUGCUAUCUUAACUUCAAUCUUUGAUAGAAUGACUCAAUCAUUAUAUCUUGGUGCCAAUGCUCCUCAUUAUGAAGAUUUAUUUGCUCAUCAUCAACCGAAGCCUCUAGUCCAUGUUGAUAUCAUCUCCAAUAAAGAAAACUUAUUAACCGCUAAUAAAGAAUUAGGUUUAGCCUUAGAUGCUGGUGAAAUUGAUUAUUUAAUUAAUGCUUUCACUGAAGUUAUUGGUAGAAAUCCUACCGAUGUUGAAUUAUUCAUGUUUGCUCAAGUUAACUCUGAACAUUGUCGUCAUAAAAUCUUUAAUGCUGAUUGGACCAUUGAUGAUGUUAAAAAGGAUCUGUCUUUAUUCAAAAUGAUUAGAAAUACUCAUCAAAAGAAUCCUCAAUAUACUAUAAGUGCUUACUCUGAUAAUGCUGCUGUAUUUGAAGGUCCAGAAGGUUACGUUUACACUCCAGAUUAUAAAACUAAACAAUGGAAAUCCAUUAAAGAAAGAGUUCAUACUUUAGUUAAAGUUGAAACCCAUAAUCACCCUACCGCUGUUUCUCCCUUCGCUGGUGCUGCCACCGGUUCUGGUGGUGAAAUCAGAGAUGAAGGUGCUGUUGGUAGAGGAUCAAAAUCAAAAGCCGGUUUAGCUGGUUUCUCCGUAUCUGAUUUAAACAUUCCAACUUUACCUCAACCAUGGGAAAAUAAAACUGUUGGUAAACCAAAUCAUAUUGCUUCUUCCUUAGACAUUAUGAUUGAAGCUCCGAUUGGUUCUGCUGCUUUCAAUAAUGAAUUCGGUAGACCAGCCAUUAAUGGUUACUUUAGAACUUUAACUACCACUGUUGAAAACCAUAAAGGUGAACCUGAAAUCAGAGGUUUCCAUAAACCAAUUAUGUUGGCUGGUGGUAUGGGUGCUAUCAGACCAGAUUUCGCUCUUAAAGAUACCAAAAUUACUCCAGGAUCUAAAUUAAUUGUUUUAGGUGGUCAAUCUAUGUUAAUUGGUUUAGGUGGUGGUGCUGCUUCAUCUAUUUCUUCCGGUGAAGGUUCAGCUGAUUUAGAUUUUGCUUCUGUUCAAAGAGGAAAUCCAGAAAUUCAAAGAAGAGCUCAACAAGUUAUUGAUGCUUGUGUCUCAUUAGGUAAAGAAAAAACUCCAAUUCAAUCUAUUCAUGAUGUUGGAGCUGGUGGUUUAUCUAAUGCUUUACCAGAAUUGGUCCAUGAUAAUGAUUUAGGUGCUAGAUUUGAUUUAAGAUCAAUCUUAUCCUUAGAACCAGGUAUGUCUCCUAUGGAAAUCUGGUGUAAUGAAUCUCAAGAAAGAUAUGUUUUAGGUGUCAAGCCAGAAGAUUUAGCUUUAUUUGAAGAAAUCUGUCAAAGAGAAAGAGCUCCAUUCGCUGUUGUUGGUGUCGCCACUGAAGAACAAAGAUUAAUCUUAACUGAUUCAUUAUUAAACACAACUCCAAUCGAUUUGGAAAUGUCAAUCUUAUUUGGUAAACCACCAAAAAUGUCAAGAACUGCUAUUACUCAAAACUUAAACUUGAAACCAUUUGAAACUUCAAGUCUCAACUUAGAAGAAUCAAUCGAAAGAGUAUUACAAUUACCAAGUGUUGGUUCUAAGAAUUUCUUAAUCACUAUUGGGGAUAGAUUUAUUACCGGUUUAGUUGAUAGAGAUCAAAUGGUUGGUCCAUGGCAAGUACCAGUUGCUGAUGUUGGUGUUACCGCCACAUCAUUAGGUGAUACAGUCUUAUCUACCGGUGAAGCUUUAUCAAUGGGUGAAAAGCCAACAUUGGCUUUAAUUUCUGCUGCUGCUUCCGCUAAAAUGUGUGUUGCUGAAUCAUUAUUAAAUAUCUUUGCCGCUGAUAUUACUUCUUUAGGUCACAUUAAAUUAUCUGCCAAUUGGAUGUCUGCCGCUUCCCAUGAUGGUGAAGGUGCUAAAUUAUAUGAAGCCGUUCAAGCUAUUGGUUUAGAUUUAUGUCCUGAUUUAGGAAUUUCUAUCCCAGUCGGUAAAGAUUCUAUGUCUAUGAAAAUGAAAUGGGACGAUAAAGAAGUUACCGCUCCAUUAGCUUUAACUGUUACCGCCUUUGGUCCUGUUGACAACACCAGUAACACUUGGACUCCAGAAUUACAAAGAGUUGAAGAAUCUGUCUUAGUUUUAGUUGAUUUAGCUGCUCAAGUUGAAAAAUCAUUAGGUGGUUCUGCUUUAGCUCAAGUGUAUCAACAAAUUGGUGAUUCAGCUCCAACUGUUCAUUCACAUUCAAUUUUAAAAUCAUUCUUACAAUCUUUAGUUGUUUUACAUAAGCAAUUCAAUGUUUUAGCAUAUCACGAUAGAUCUGAAGGUGGUUUAUUCACUACUGUUGUCGAAAUGGCUUUUGCUGCUAGAAGUGGUCUUGAUUUAGUUCUUGAUACCAAAGAUGAUAUUUUCGCCGAAUUAUUUAAUGAAGAAUUAGGUGCUGUUUUCCAAAUUUCUAAAGCCGAUUAUUCUAAAUUCGUGGAAAUCUUUGAAACUAAUAACAUUUCAUCUGAAUUUAUCAAAGUUGUUGGUCAACCAAACUUCAAGAAUCAAGAAAUUGCUAUAACUUACAAUAGUACUUCGGUGUAUAAGAGUACAAGAAAGAUAAUCCAGUUACCCUCCGCUCAAGAAUAUGCAUCUAUUAAAGAUGAUGCUGAUCCAGGUUUAUCUUAUCAAUUAACCUUUGAUCCAACCGUUAAGAAAGAAUACAAAUCUAAACCAAAGGUGGCUAUUUUAAGAGAACAAGGUGUCAAUUCACAACAAGAAAUGGCUCACAGUUUCGAACAAGCUGGUUUUGAAGUCUACGACGUUCAUAUGUCUGAUAUUUUAACUGGUAAAGUUACUUUAGAUAGCUUUGUUGGUUUAGCUGCUUGUGGUGGUUUCUCAUAUGGUGAUGUAUUGGGUGCUGGUGCUGGUUGGGCUAAGUCCGUCUUGUUUAAUGAAAGAGCUCGUGAUGAAUUCAAGAAAUUCUUCCAAGAUAGAGAUGAUACUUUCGCUUUUGGUGCUUGUAAUGGUUGUCAAUUCUUCAGUAGAAUUGCUGAAUUGAUCCCAGGUACUGAAAACUGGCCAACUUUUGAAAGAAACUUGAGUGAACAAUAUGAAGCUAGAUUUGUUUUAGUUGAAGUUCAAGAUACUGAAGAGAAUAAUUCUAUUUUCUUACAAAACAUGAAAGGAUCUAAAUUACCAAUUGCUGUUGCUCAUGGUGAAGGUAGAGCUUCAUUUAAAUCUGAAUUCACUAAAUCAGCUUUCGAUAAGACAGUUGUCAGAUAUGUUGAUAACUACGGUAAAACUACAGAACAAUAUCCAUUUAAUCCAAAUGGUUCUCCAGAGGGUAUUGCUGGUAUUGCCAGUGCUAACGGUAGAGUAUUAGCUAUGAUGCCACAUCCAGAAAGAGUUACGAGGAAAGAAUCCAACAGUUGGUAUCCUAAGAAACAAGGUGAAGAAUGGGGUUCAUUUGGUCCUUGGAUUCAAUUAUUUAAGAACGCCAGAGAAUGGGUUGGUGACAAUUAUUAAAUCAAAAACAAUGUACAUUAUAUAAAAAAACGCAUUUCAUAUAUAGAGAGAAAAUUAUCAAUUUCUGACUUUAUAAUUUCGUAUAAAUAAAAAUCAUUAUUAGACAAUCGAUUACCUG